CCAGCCCGGGCGGUACAAUAGGGUUGGGCCGCGGCCGGGACUGGGCCGGCGCCGGGCAGGGAGCGGGAUCGCGGCCGGAGCCGACAGACACUGGGCGACCGGCGACUCCGAGCCUUGCAAGGCCACCAGCCGAACCAGCCUCCAUCUUCUCCGGAGCGCCCAGGCCUCCGAGUCGUUGCCCGCCGGGCCGGGCCGGGCGUGAUGCGCCGCGGGACCCCUAUCCUGGCCGCUGGCCGCCGCCGUCGCCGCCCCUGAGACCCCUAGGCCCCCCAGUGACGCCACAGCCAUGGAGAGCGGCCCAAAUGCCGAGCCGGGUGCCGACGCACCCCCAGCUGUGGCAGCCAGGACUCCCUCAGAGCCAAGACCUUCUCCAGAAGGUGACCCCUCCCCACCACCACCACCACCACCACCACCAUCAGCCCUGGUCCCUGACACUCCCCCGGAUACCCCUCCUGCCUUGAAGAAUGCCACUAGCCCUAAGCAGCUCUCACUGGAACAAGAGAGCCCCCCAGGACCAAUUGGGCCCAGGCCAGCCCCUCAGCAAGAAGAGUCCCCUUUCUCAGAAGUGAAGAUCAGGGGACCCACUCCACCAGCCACAGGCCCACGGGAUGCCAGGCCUCCUCGAAGGAGCAGCCAACCAUCCCCAACAGUGCCAGCCUCUGACAGCCCUCCCACCAAGCAAGAUGUAAAGAAGGCAGGAGAGAGACAUAAGCUGGCAAAGGAGCGGCGAGAAGAGCGGGCCAAGUACCUGGCGGCCAAGAAGGCAGUGUGGCUAGAGAAGGAGGAGAAGGCCAAGGUGCUGCGGGAGAAGCAGCUCCAGGAGCGCCGGCGGCGGCUAGAGGAGCAGCGGCUUAAAGCUGAGCAACGCCGGGCAGCCCUGGAGGAGCGGCAGCGGCAGAAGCUGGAGAAAAACAAGGAGCGCUAUGAAGCAGCUAUCCAGCGGUCAGUGAAGAAGACGUGGGCUGAAAUCCGGCAGCAGCGUUGGUCUUGGGCAGGGGCCCUGCACCACAGCUCCCCAGGACGUAAGACCAGUGGGAGCAGGUGCUCCGUGUCGGCAGUAAACCUGCCCAAACACGUGGACUCUAUAAUCAACAAGCGGCUCUCAAAGUCCUCUGCCACGCUCUGGAACUCCCCCAGUAGAAAUCGCAGCCUGCAGCUGAGCGCAUGGGAGAGCAGCAUCGUGGACCGUCUGAUGACGCCCACCCUUUCCUUCCUGGCACGGAGUCGCAGUGCAGUAACACUGCCCCGCAAUGGCCGGGACCAGGGUAGGGGCGGCGGCCCUGGGCGAACCCGCACGAGGGGCGGGGCAGGGGCCAGCCUCGCCGAAGGAAUGCACCUAGACCGCGCUCAUCCCUCUGCAGCCGUGCCCGUGUGCCCGCGCUCGGCCUCCGCCAGCCCCCUGACGCCGUUGUGCAGCGCCCCGCGAAGCGUGCAUCGCUGCGCCCCUGCCGGGGAGCGCGGGGAUCGCCGCAAGCCCAGCACUGGGGGCAGCCCCGCCCAGGUCCGCCGCCGGCCCGAGGCCUCGCCGAUUCAGAAAAAGGAGAAGAAGGACAAGGAGCGGGAAAACGAGAAGGAGAAGAGUGCCCUGGCCCGGGAGCGCAGCCUCAAGAAGCGCCAGUCGCUGCCUCCUUCGCGCCCACGCCUCUCGGCCGGCGCUGGCGAGCUCAGUCCCAAAUCCAAGGCCCGGCCAUCUUCUCCCUCCACAUCCUGGCACAGGCCUGCCUCUCCCUGCCCCAGCCCAGGGCCAGGCCAUGCUCUGCCCCCAAAACCACCGUCUCCCCGAGGCACCACUGCAUCGCCCAAGGGGAGGGUUCGGAGGAAGGACGAGGCAAAGGAGAGCCCCAGCACAGCAGGACCUGAGGACAAGAGCCAGAGCAAAGGCAAGGCCAGUGACGAGAAGGAGCCAGCAGACCCAGCCUCACCAGCACCCUCACCCACCCCAGCCCUGCCCCAGAAGGAGCAGCCCACAGUGGAGACCCCCGCAGAUGCCACUGUCCUGACCUCACCCCCAGCCGUCCUGACCUCACCCCCAGCCGCUGCUACCGCGGUGACCCCUAGCAAACCAAUGGCGGGUACCACAGACCGAGAAGAGGCCACUAGACUCCUGGCUGAGAAGCGGCGCCAGGCCCGUGAGCAGCGGGAGCGCGAGGAACAGGAGCGGAGGCUGCAGGCAGAAAGGGACAAACGAAUGCGAGAGGAGCUGCUGGCGCGGGAGGCCGAGGCCCGGGCCGAGAGGGAGGCGGAGGCCCGGAGGCGGGAGGAGCAAGAGGCCCGAGAGAAGGCGCAGGCAGAGCAGGAGGAGCAGGAGCGGCUGCAGAAGCAGAAAGAGGAGGCCGAAGCUCGUUCCCGGGAAGAGGCGGAGCGGCAGCGUCUGGAGCGGGAAAAGCAUUUCCAGCGGGAGGAGCAGGAGCGGCAAGAGCGCAAGAAGCGUCUGGAGGAGAUAAUGAAGAGGACUCGGAAGUCAGAAGCUGCUGAAACCAAGAAGCCAGACAGAAAUGAGGCAAAAAACAAUUCCAGCCCAGACCCUGUGAAAGUUGGGGACUCUCGGCCGUCAGGGCUGCAGAAGGAGGCUUUGCAGAAGGAGGAACUGGCCUCCCAGGAGCCUCAGUGGAGCCUGCCGAGCAAGGAGUCACCGGGGUCCCUGGUGAAUGGCCUGCAGCCUCUCCCAGCACACCAGGAAAAUGGCUUCUCCCCUAAGGGACCCUCUGGGGACAAAAGUCUGGGCCGAACGCCAGAGGCACUCCUGCCCUUUGCAGAGGCAGAAGCCUUCCUCAAGAAAGCCGUUGUGCAGCCCCCACAGGUCACAGAAGUCCUUUAAGGGUUUGCCUUGGACCAGGCACAGCUGUGAGAGCUCCUCUGCAUCACCUGUCAGGAUGUCUGGAAGAGAAAGAGACAGAACAAAGCCAGAAGUGGCCUGGGCCCCUGGGGGUGGGUCCUCUCUGUUAUUUUUAAUCUGCACCUUAUAGACUGAUGUCUCUUUGGCGGAGCCAGACCCUGCCCCUCAGUGCAUUCGUGUGCUCACACAUGCGGACACCCCUCCCCCCAUACACACACACACUCACAGCCUCUCUGGCCUCUUCCCUUGGGAAUGGGCCACCUGUAGUAUUUGCCUUGGUUUGGUGGGGUACAGUGGAUGUGAAUACUGUAAAUAGCUUGUGCUCAGAUGCCUCUGUGUGGAGGAGGGGAGAUGCAGAAGGCAGACCCUCCCAAGACUCCCUAGGGAAAUCUUCCUCUCUCUAUUUAACUGUAACUGUGGGGGAACCAGAUCUGGGGAUAGGGGUUACCUUGGGCCACAGGAUACUGGUUGCUUUAGGGGUACCCAUGCCCCCUGCCCUCACCUGGAAUCAGUGUUAUUGCAUCUGAUCGAACUUCUGCAGAAAUAAAGUGAGACUAAUUCUGCCAGUCCUGUCCAUCCUUGGGGCUGGUGGUGGGGGCCUGGGGAUAUCUGCCCCUACCUGGUACCUGUCCUAGACCUCCCUGCCUUACAUUUUGUCAUGAGUUCAUUCAUUAAUUCAUUUAACAAAUAUGGUUGCAUCUACUCAGUACCAGGCAGUAGGUUACAUGUUGGGGGUUCAGUAGUAGGAAAAGAUGUAACCCUCUGUUCUCAUGGAGUUGAAAGUCUAGCAGGUGAUUGUCAUAGACACUGUGAGUUGCCUACUCAACAUCCAUUCCCAUCGCCCCUUCCUUAUUCCAAACAGAAUCCCGAUUUUGUUCGGUGGCGAUCUUUCUCCUGGAUUCCACCCUGUGCUUCAACAAAAGUGCAUCCUAGGCCCAACAGUGAAUUGUGAUUGUAAUGAGCCAAAAACUGUGUUCUCAAACUCCUCAUAGUGAUGGGUUUAGGUGUGGACACAUGACACAGCUGCAGCCAAGAAAUGUAAAGAAAGGCCUCCAGGGAUUGGUUGGUGGGUAGGAAAAAAAAAAAAAGGCCCCCUGGGCUUCUUGGAGAGUCUUCCUCACUUUUGGAAAAAAUACCAUGUAGUAGUCAGCCUCUAAGAUGACUUCACAGUGUCUUCACCUCCUGGUGUUCACACUGCAUAGUCCCUUCCCAUGUUGCAACAAGGCUGGGCUGAGUGACCGACAGAACACAGCAGAAGCAAUGGUGCAUCAUGUCCAAGAUUAGGUCAUAAAACACUGCAGCUUCUGUCUUGGAUGCUCUCUCGCUCUUGGAUACUCUGGAGGAAGGCAGCUUCUAUGUUGAGAAUAGCCUUAUGGAGAGGCCCAUAAAUGAAGGGACUGAAGCCCCCAGCCAACAGCCACAUCAAUAAGCUUGGAAGCAGAUUCUCCAGCAUCAGUUAAGCCCUGGCCAACAGCUUGACAAUUACCUCAUGAGAGACCCUGUGCCCAAGCCAACCAACUAAGCCACCCCUAGGGUUCUAACCUUGGAAACUGUAAGAAUAAAUGUUGUUUUAAACUGC